UUGAAAUUUCAAAUAGAAUUUUUAUAGCUUUAUUCGAUAGAACAAAACUAAAAUCUUUUAAUUUUGGGCAUGGUGAGCUAUAUUUACAUUUCCCGCGCUGCUUCGAAUGUUUUUAAAGGAAAUAAUUAGCUUAGGAUCUCUUUUUUGUUGUAAUUAAAACAGCUUUCAUUCAACUUUGAAUACCUAUGGAAUAUUUAAAUUUGGAGUGUGGAAUUGAGAUGGUGAUAUGUUAUUUUAAACUUAUUAAACAAGCUUUUAAUUUUGGGAAGGAAUCUUUUUUGAUUUCAAAAUAAUUGAUCCAAAACGAUGAUAAUCGUAAAAAAAACCCUUUUCUUGUUCACCUGGUCCCUUUAACUGCCUGGUGUAAAUUUUCAAUUAGCAAGUGUGUCCACUGUAUUUGCAUUGGUAGUGGUGAAUACCCGAAGUUUGACAGCUCUCGCAGCGGAACAAAUGUGCACGCAAACACACACAUACACAACCGCACUUCCCCCGUUUCAGCUGAUGAACGUAAGCAGGAAUGGCGUAUCGAGGCAGUGUGUAUGCUGUGUGUGCUACGAUAAGUUAGUAGCAUAUUUGUGUCGUCUUGCUUACGUUAUCGCUGACCUUCUAAUUGGUGAAAAUUAAAUCGCAAAAUCAACAACAAUUUCAUCCAGCAACAGAGCCAUCAAGAGCAGCAUCGCCCGUGUGUUUGGUCGUUCAUUCUGUGUCCCUGCCUGUGAUUUACAUUGCGUAACGGUUGUUCAGAACAGAUGACGGUGACUGGCAAGUAAUAGAAAGUGAGCGAACAGUCAACGGGGGAAGAAAAGUGGUGCAAUUGGCGAAUGCAUCACCCAAUUGUUUCUAGUCAUCGCCCCCCCUCCUUCACGGGCAAUCACCGAGGGCGACAGUUUCUGUAGCGAAAGUAAAUCCUAGCUGGCGACGAUCGAUGUGCUGGCAAGCGAUUUUCCCCUAGGCAACACACCACCAGGUGUCUGCAUAUCUGCUAGUGCGUAUUUGAAUGUGCAUGUGUGUGUGUGUUUGUGUGUUUACCUCUGUCAUGUUUACGCAUAUGCGUGUGUGAACGAACAGCAGCAGCAGCAGCAGCAGUAAGAAAGUAGCAGCUAUGCUGUAGCUAUGCAGCAGACAGGGAAAAGUGCAAAUGGGGACUCGUGAGUUUUGCCGAGACGGUUGAAACAGAAUGUAGGAAUUAUACUUUUAAUGUGUGAGUUUAUGUGUGUGUGUGUGGGUUUUGUUAAUACAGCCUUCGUCCUUUUGCUGUCGUCAUCGCCGUUAGAAGUCCACGAAUUGCCAGCGCAUUGUUGUGACAGUUCCCCGAAGGACGGAGAGUCGGGUCGAUCCGUAAAACCUUGCAAAAAAGGGCCCAUACGAUCGUAGUACCCCCUUUUCAACAGUACGUACCUGUGCGCAAAGCUGCAUGUAUGUAUAGAAUUUAACACGAGGAAGUGAGCGUGUAUGGGUUGUUGGAUUUGUGUGCCCGCGGAAUAACAGCGCACAGCCGAGCAGCGCAGGGAGCGACCGUGAGGGACCGCAAAAGAAGCAGGUUACGGAAGCGUGACGAAGAAGAAGACGGGCAUUUGCUGGCUGGCAGUCUGGAAAACAGCACCCCUUAGGAGAAAGGGAAAAUCCGUCGUCGUCAUCAUCAAACUCGAGGAAGGUCGAAGAACCCGGUGGCCAAGAUGUCGUCGAUUGUGGACAUUAUCAAUCACUACCAGACGAGUAUCAACAAAUCGCUUAACGAUACAGCAAGGAUUGUGCAUUGUAUCGGGAAGCUGUAUAAGCUGCCAAUAUCCGUGCGACAUCUGCAGGACACCGGCAUCGGACGAACGGUCAACAGUUUGCGGAAGUACGAGGGUGAAGUGGGUGUUGCGGCCAAAGCCCUCGUGACCAAGUGGAAAGCGAUGGUAGCAGCGGAGGAAUCGGACGAUAACACCGGUAAUGCGGGUUCCCAUGGUGAGGGUGCGGAUUCAGACGGAAGACAGACCGAAGACCGGCAGCAUCGGAGCGACAUGAGCGACCAGGAGGAAGAAGAGGGUCAUCACCAUCGGACGAGAGAGCCAGAAGACGAAGAUGAGGAUGACGAAGAUGACGACGACGAGGACGACGAUAAUAACGAUCGUGCAUCGCACAAUGAAGAUCAAAAUGAAUCAUACGAAGAACCGUCGUUACGCGUGGACGAGGAGUAUCGCGAAGAACCUGAAGGUAAUAACAGCGACAGCAACGGGGAUGAAUCGUCGGACGGCCACAUCGCCCAGCCAGAAGUACACCACGUUUUCCAUCACCGUGCGGUAGAGCCAGAUCAUGAGCUAAGGUCCGAGCUUAAAGCCGCUUCCAUGCAGUGGAAUGAACAUCACAAUAGCUCGUCUAGUAAUAAUAGUAGCAUUAAGAGACACUCGAGCGGUAGCAGCUCACGAAAUCAUCAUCACAGCUCCAGCUCGUCGAAAUCGGCCAACGGUUCGGGGAGUGGAGACAAACACAAAAGUCACGGCAGCAGCAGUAGCAGUAGCAGCAGCAGCAAACGCAAGAGCGACAGUGACCACCAUCAUCGCCAUUCGUCGAGUGGAGGCGAAUCGAAAUCUCACAAAUCUUCCUCCUCGAGGGUGGACCAUCAUGGAUCCGCGAAAAAAUCGUCAUCCCACAGUGACGGCGAACGACACAAAGAUCGCAGUUCCUCAAAGCAUCACAGCAGCAACAACACUAGUGAGCAUGGUGGCGGCGGCGGCGGCGGCAGCAGUAGCAUUCAUAAUAUUAGCAUUAGCAGUAGCACUAGCAGUAAUGGUAGCAGUCACGCACGGAAAGAUUCUAGUCAUAAAGAGAGCCGGCAUCGAUCGAGAGAUGAGCCAAGUGGGAGCUCAAAAAGACACGCUUCGGACGAGGCGGACGUGGACGGAGAUUCAGCAUCAUCUUCCAGCAAGCGUUCCCGCAAGGAACAUAGAUCCGAUCGCGGCGAUACUACCGAUGGCACAAUGCCGUCCUCUUCACACACUUCUACAUCAUCAUCAUCACAUGCGAAGAAGGACAAAUCGAAAGGCCAUUCCUCGUCGUCUUCCUCCUCGAAGCGGCGGGAGCAUCAGGAGAAAUCCGAAUCAUCCCUGGAAAGGGUAGACGAAUCAAGGUCCAAAUCGAAACGAAAAGACAAAUCUAGCUCACCAUCCGCCAACAGCCAGGAGCCCAAUAACGACGAUUCCGCGGGCGAGGAUGGCAACGGUGGCCUUGACUGUUCCGGUGGUGCGAGUUUUGCCGAUGCGCUAGCCAUGAUCGGUAUGCCUUCCGGGUCGAAGAAAAAGCCCCCCGGUGGUGGUAGUAAGGAGAAGGUGAAAGUAUCUGUAACGAAACCUUCCUCCUCCUCCUCCUCUUCCUCUUCGUCACGCACGCAAGAAGGCCAAUCGGCAUCGUAUGGGAGAAGCAAGCAAGAUUCAGCCAGACCUUCCUCGUCUUCCUCCUCUUCCUCGGUUGGGCGUAACGGUGGCGUACCGACGGCCUCGGAGCUGCUUUCACAGAACGUUAAGCUGGAACCGCUUCCGGAGGCGUCGGAGAUAGUGGAAUCGCUACCGAUGAUUUCGCCCCACUAUCGCCCGAUGCCGCUCAACCAGACCGUGAUGGAGUGUGUGUUUAUGGGUGGUCCUAGCGGGCGUGGCAACAAAGGUCGACCCCUGACGGAAGAGGAAGCGCUCGGGCAGAGCAUGCAGUCGAAGAACAUGCGCACGAAAGUGUACUCUGGCAUGAAGACGAACUCGAAGGGCGUCAUUCCGACACUGUACGAGCUGUGCAUUCGCCUGCUGCAGGACCACAUCGAUGAGAUAGGCGCGACGGGUGGUAUACCGUUCUACAUUCUGAAGCCGGUGCUGGAACGGGCCAAUCCGACUCAGCUGCUCCAUCUGGAACACUUCAAUCCGCACUUUGUCGAGGACAGUGAUGUUCUGUGGGAGCAGCACUGUAAGCGUACCUUCCGUUCGAAGCAGCGCAACGAAGAGGAGCUGGAAACGUGGCGAGAAAUGUUCCUGCGCUGCUCCGAGGAGCGGGAUGCGAAGCUGAGAAGCCUCACGCAGAAUAUUAAGCUGUCGCAGGAACAGGCGGCGGCUCCAAUACGUAAAACGCAGCUAGCGUACGUCGACUCCGCCGUAAAGCCACCGCGCAGUGUAAUAAGCAAGCAGGUCAAAUACGGCACGGCUCGUGCGCCGGUCGUUUCACCCGCGGCACGUGUAGCUGCACUAAAGGCAGGCAAUGUGGCGCAGGCCGGUGACGCGCGGUUACGAGUAGCGGCUGGUGUGCGCGAUAAUGCUCAAGCGCAAGUUUUUCAGCCCACCAAACCACGCAAAGCUCCAAUGAUGGCAAAAGUAUUGUCCUCCAUGAAGGGUUUCAAAACCAGCUUCCGGCGUUAGGAUACCUGGACUAUUACUCGCCCAAAGAGUGUCAACUGUCGCGGGAGCACUGUUCAAGAAGGACUGCUCGAUUUGGUACAACACGGCGCCCUCCGGAGAUGCAACCAAUGGCUCUAGGUUGUGGCGUUCAAUAACACACGAAACAACGCAUUACACUCAUCUAGUUUACUCCUUCUUAAAUCACUUUUUGAACGCGGUGUUAGGUUUUUUUUAAAGUGUUUUCUAAAUUACGUUUUACAUCGUCACUCAAACGCCUUAUUUAUGCUAUGUCUCUUUAAUAUCAUCUUUUACAAAUCGAUCUGUGCAUGUCUACGCUGAGUUAAAUGCAGGUUACAUAGUGCAGUUGGUAAAAUAUAUAUGACAACAAGUAGAAUCGAUCUCGCUAUGCGCAGCACCAACUACCGAACGGCUAUUAGUAAAUGAUUGUAUAAAAAGGUAUCAAACCUACACAGAACAAGUCCAGCGCCAUGGGCUACCCUAUACAGCCUGAGUGCGGUGUAUGAAGUAACUGAGUUUAUCAUGUCAUUGAUUGUGUGUGUGUGAGCGUGUGUUCGAUUUUAUUUUUCUUUCUUCCCUCUUAAUGUUCUGAUCGAUGCAGUGUGGUUUGUGGAUAUACAUAUUAAAAGUAUAGGACACAGUUUACAGCGGAGGGCGUGUAAUGAGCGGUUCGUUUAUGUUUGUUAUAUCCAAUCGUUUGCCUAUUAUACUACGUACGUAAAAUACAUAUUAUUUGAAAUUUUAA